UAGCUAUAAAACUGUGUGAAUGCCAAUUAUUCUUCUAUGCAAAAGCAAAUGGCCCUUCGUCUUCCUUGUUUUCGGGCCUUAGUCGCACCAUCUCUUCAGCGCGGUGUCUCGGAGCCUCCACCUGUUAGAGCUCAGAGUUUCAGAGAAGCAGAAGAUAAAGGGAGAUCAUCAUCAAGUAAUCUAGUCGAUGCGAAUUUGAGCGUCUUGAGAAAGAGGAUUGGUGAAGCAAAGACGAAGGAGAGAUUGGAGAGGUGUUGCAGAAGCGAGCUCGGAUGGAACUACGCCACUUCUGGAUGCUAUUCCAUAUCCAAGCGGAGAAAAGACACGGACAGGUCGGAGUUCUUUGAACUCGUACUUCUAGUUUGCAGAAAUAUUGGCCUAACAAACGCUGCUUGUGCAUUCUUCCUUUGUUUAGCUUCCAUAUUGAUUCAUUUGAGUCAACUUCAUGACCAUUUCCUGUAA